AUGGAUAUCCUUAAAGACUAUCUUCCGCCCGCUAAAGGCUAUCUACCGUACUAUAUGAUGCUGACUUCCAUCCUCGCGAUUGGAAAUGCCGCUCAGAAUUAUAUAACAUUACACUUUUCUCGACGCCUCUACAACGGCCAGUUCGUACCAAACCUUUCCCUAUCUCCCAAGUCAGCUACCUUCGAUCCGGAAGACUCGACUCGGAAACUUAUACCUGCGUCAACAACAUCGAAUCCCAAAGCCGGGCGCACCCAGGAUCAGGUCACCCCCCUCGCUGCCAGAUUAUUCGGCACCUAUACUACCAUUUCGGCCAUCGUGCGCCUCUACGCUAGUUACAAUCUACAUCUAGCUCCCGUGUACCAAAUCACCCUGUGGACCUACGUUGUUGCACUUGCGCAUUUCGGCUCCGAAUUCGCUGUCUAUAAAACGGCGCACAUGGGUCCAAUUGCGACAACCUUCUUCUUUGCCACCGUCGGUAUCGUAUGGAUGACGAGCCAAUAUAACUUCUACGUCGAAGCAUGA